CUUAACUACGUAUGUAUGUAAUAUAAUUGAAUUUAUUUUAAACAAACAAAUACAUUUAACAAAAGUCCUUGAAAAAGAAGAUAGGCGAUCAACAGAAUUAAUAUGAAGAUGAAAGUGACGGUGGAGAUACUGAUGGGGCGGGUGUUUGACGUGCAGGUGGAGAAGGACGCCACCGUACAAGACUUGAAGAGGGAGAUCUGCAUUCAAGAUGAGCGGCUGCCGGAGAAUAGGUUGUUCUUCUUGAUGCAUCUCGACAGUGACGGUGAUGGUGACAGUGACGGUGAUGGCGAUGGCAACGGUGACAGUGACGGCGAUGGCAACGUUGACGGCCAUGACGACGACGACGGCGUCGACGACCGCUGUUUGAUGUGCGACGACAAGGCUCCUCUCGCAGAUUAUGGUGUGCAAGAUGGGUCCCAUGUCUAUCUCUUUUUCACCCUCCCUGAUCCUCCUCCUCCUGAUUUUGAUUAUUAUAAAUGGUAAUUUGGAGUUAAAAAUAUGGAUUUCAUGAUAUGUACGUAGGGAAAAUUAGAGCGAUUUCAAUUAGUAUUUUCUCAUGAUCACAUCUUUAAGUAGUGUAGUAUGUGUUAAUUGUUGAUUUAUUUUA